UUAGUCAACCUGUGUUCAUAGUUAAUCAAGCAAACCAUAUAGCCAACAUGUCGCAAGCAGCUGUUUCUAAAGCCAGUUUGUAUGCUGAUUUAAACCGUUUUGGGCAGAACCAGGAGUAUGAAAGAGCAUUGAAAUGUGCAAAUAAAAUCCUGCAGGAAGAUGCCGGUGAGGUAGCAGCCUUUCAGUGUAAAAUUGUAUGCUUAAUAAACCUAGAGAAAUUUGGGGAUGCUCUUACAGCAAUUAACAGGGACAAGUCUGUUCAGAGUGCUGUACGUUUUGAGAAGGCAUAUUGUGAGUACAGACUGAAUCGUACCCAGGAGGCCAUCACAACACUGAGGGCUGGAGGGGACAACCUUGACAAUAGAUGUAAAGAGCUACUGGCCCAAGUUUUGUACCGACUUGAGCAGUAUGAGGAAUGCUAUAGAUUGUACAGAGAUCUUAUAAAAAAUUCACAGGACGAGUUUGAUGAGGAAAGGGAGACAAAUCUCUCAGCUGUUCUUGCUUCACUACAACUGUGGGAUGGUAAAGAUGUGGAAGAGCCUGGAUCUCGGGACAGCACCUACGAGUUGUGUUACAACCAUGCUUGUUACCUCAUAGGGAAAGGGGACCUGAAAGGUGCUGAACAAAAACUGAGACAGGCUGAAGAAAUGUGUAAGGAAAGUUUUGCAGAAGACCCAGAUAUAACAGAGGAGGAAGUAGCAGAAGAAUUGGCCAUUAUCCGUGUACAGUUGGCAUAUAUACUACAAAAGUUUGGCAAGAAUAACGAGGCAAUGGUUUUGUAUAACCAGGUUCAGAAAUACAGGCCAUCAGAUGUUGGAUUGAUGGCUGUUCUGUCAAACAAUGUGGUUGCUGUAAACAAGGAUCAGAAUGUAUUUGACUCUAAGAAGAAGAUGAAGGUAGCAACUGGAAGUAACUUGAAACACAAGAUGUCAGCUAGCCAGAAACAAGAAAUUGACAUCAACCAGUGUUUGUUACAUAUGUAUUCAAACCAGGCUGACCAGUGUCACCAGUUAGCAGCCAAGUUGAAGGAUCAGUACCCAGAGAUAGACACACCUGUACUCAUAGAAGCAGCUCAGUAUGUUAGAGAAAAACAAACACCCAAAGCCAUUGAACUUCUACAGGAUUACAUAAAGACACAGAAGGGUUCAGUAGUGGGUGUUUGGUUGACUAUAGCCCAGCUCUAUCUGUCUGUAGGAAGUGUUUACCCAGCAUGUGAUGCUCUCAAACAACUAGGAGAUCUACAGUAUAAACCUGGAAUGGUAUCUGCCCUGGUGACACUGUAUAUGAGUCAAGAGGAUACAGACUCUUCCAUGGAGGUUCUCUCUGCAGCUGUUGACUGGACCAGAAAACAUGAGCCGAAAUCUGACGCUCUUCAGACUUUGCUAAAAGUGAAUACAAACUUCAUGUUGAAGCAUGGUAGUGCAGAGAAUGCUAUCAAACUACUUGAGGAAUUACGCAAAAAUAACCCCAAGGAUCCUAAAGUUCUAGCCCAGCUGAUUGCAGCUUAUUCAAAGGUUGAUCCUGCUAAAGCCCAGAAGAUAAGUCGUGACCUGCCGUCAGUGGAUGACAUCGCCCAGUCUGUAGAUGUUGAGGCACUGGAGACAGCGUUCAGUUCUCUCGGACCUAAAUACAUGAAGAAAACACAGAAGGCAGAACCUUCACCUGGGCCGUCUGGUGAUACAGGAGCUCUUAUACAGAAGAAAAAGAAGAAAAAGAAGAAGACAAAAUUACCAAAGAGUUACAACCCUGACGUGAUACCUGAUCCUGAAAGAUGGUUACCUAGGAAAGAAAGGUCAUACUACAGAGGCAAGAGGAAGGACAAAAAGAAAGAUAUAGGUAAAGGUUCUCAAGGAGCAACAUCUGGAAAUGUAGAUUAUCUAGAUGCUAGUAAAUCACCUAUAGCUGGAGGUAGUGAUACAAGCUCGCCACGGCCAGGAUCUGCUGCAACCUCCACCUCCUCUGCCCCCGCUGGACCUCGACAACAGAAACCAGGUCAUGGACAGAAGAAGAAGAAAAAGAAGGGCCCUAAAGGAUGGUGAACACUGAAAACAGCGCAACUAGAAUUUUCUAGGAUUUUCAAAUUUCUAGCAGAAAUAGCUAUUGAGUGCUUCUAGAAUUGUUUUUACAUUCCUUGAAGACAUUGUUUAAAGUGACUAUGAGAUUGACAAAAGGAUAAUUUGAACUUCUCAAGUAAGAUCAAGAUACACUGUAAAUAGGUUAUUGAAUGGAAACAGAAAAGGUGAAGGUAUGACAUAAAAUGUGAACAGAAAAAAACUUUAAAAUCAGAUUCGAAAAGAUCAAAUGAUUUUCAAUUUUCGCCCCUUUUCCAUGUAUUUAUUAACUAAAAUGAAAUAAAUGAGCAAAAGCUA